GCCCAGCGACGGCGAAGAGGACGGUGGCGGUGACGACUUGUGCACCAGUGCUUGCCUUGCCCCGCACGCCCUGGACCGCCCCGGCCGAGGGCUGGCCGAGGGCUGGCCGACGCAAGGCCACGCCGACGGCCUACAGCAAGGCCUACAGCGCCAGGAUGUAGGGCGACUGCCGGGGCGCUGCUUCUGAAGCGAUGCAAGAUGAGUCUCGCAAGGAGCUGAGAGCACCGGCCCAGCAAGCCAGCCAAGCGCCUGCAGUGCCUGCAGCCAACAUGGUGGACCUCGCGGGUUACGUCAUCAUCCUGGUCCAGACACAAGACGGCAAGAUCAAGCUGUACGGGUCGCCCGCCGAGAAGAACGAUCUCGAGAUCGGCGACGAGAUACUCGAAGUGAACGGGAGGAUUCUGGAAACAUGUUCGCACGAGGAGAUAUUGACCUUCUUACACGAGUGCAUCAAAUCCCGAGUGAUAUGCCUGCGAGUGAAACGUCGGACGAGCGCCCGAGUGGCGGCCGAGUUGGCCCACAGCGUCCAGGAUGCCUUCGUCAUCGCCGUGGAGCAGCAGGCUCGCGAGCGCCUGGAGAGGCUCUCGCAGCUCAAGCGGAUCAAGCCCGUGGAUAUGAACAAGCUGUGCGAUCAGGUGUUUUAUGGACGAUUUACCAUCGACGGGAACAGGGUGCACCUGUCCGAGAGACUGUCGAGACCAGGAUCACCCAGCAGACCCGGACCGUCGAGAGAGUCGAGCCAGUCGAAGGAGCAGUGGAACGGAAUCAUCGACCACAAGUCCGUGUUCGUGACGUCUCUUGGUCCGGCAGGCCCGGCGAGCAGCGCGGCACCGCCGACCUCAGGGAGCGCGGACCCUUCCGCCUCCGGGAAGCCCUCCAGCGCCGGCGCGGCGUCGCAGCAGCACGCCCCACGCCUCACCAACGGCCACGGGGCGCCGUCGGGCACCUCGACGACAGGCGCGGAGUCCGGCUCCGGCCUGGGGGCCUCGUUCGAGGAGGUCGAGUUGAAGCAGGACUUGGACGCGGACGACGGCGGCAGCCCCACCAACGCGGCCAGUGCCACCGGGGCGUCCGGGGCCAGCCCCGAGCUCCACCAACAACGGCAGAACGCGCAGCAGCCGACGCGGUCGCUGCAGGACCGGAGGGCGUCGUCGCCCUUCACCAACGGCCGCACCGAGCUGCUCAUCCCUGCCAACACCGCCGGCAGCUUGGACCAGGACGGCCAUGGUCACCGCAUGAGGACCACGGCGCUCGUCGAGCCCGGCGCCGACGAAGCGUGGUCGGUGAGGUGA